AAAAGAGCAGAAAAAGAAACAAAGAUCCCCAGUCCGUGGUUACUUCACGCUGUUCUUCUCUGUUUACUCUAGAGAAACACAAACAGCAGUGAAACAGGACAGAGAUUCAGUAUUUGAACAAGAAAACACAGGAAAGAACCGAUGGUCUUUAUAUUUCUACAAAAGAUGGAACUAAUACCGACUUCAUUUCUGCUAUGGCCAUUUGUACUUUUUGUCAUCAGGACAUCUGCACAAGAAAAUGUAUGUGCUAGGCCUGAGCUGACUGCCAACAUUGAGAUGGAUGGGCUCCAGAGGUACUUUAACCCCGGUGCAGAGUUAUGGCUGUCCUGUAAACGGGGAUACACCUCUGUGUUGGGCCCUCGGAAGAUUGUUUGUGGUGACAGUGGACAAUGGACGAAAACCAAAUUAAUGUGCAUACCCAAACGAUGCCCCCCUCCUGAUCCACUGUCUAAUGGAGAACUGUACUAUGAGGAUGUUGUGUUCCAGAGUACGAUUAACUACACUUGUAAUGAAGGGUACAUCUUGACUGGAAACAGCAUGGCUGUGUGUCUUGCUGAUGGAACAUGGAGCACACGAGUACCAAAAUGCAAACCUUUGACCUGUGGUCUCGCUCCGAUCCCACAGUUUGGGAUGAUCAUUUAUGACAAGAGGAUCAGAGGGAACACCACUGUUUACAGCCUCGGAGGGACGUACAGAUGUCUGCCUCCAUACGUACUUUUUGGCAACGUAAGAGCAGAGUGCACCAUCAACGGCAACUGGACAGAGACACCUGAAUGUCGAGUGGUGACCUGCCCUCCACCGGGGAACAUUGACAAUGGAUACAUGUCAGGUGACGUAAAGAAAGACUACGACUUCAAGGAAACUGUCAAAUAUGGCUGCAAUGGUGACUAUGUACUGGACGGAAGCCUUGAGAUCGUUUGUCAGGGGAAUGGAAAUUGGUCUGAAAAGCCAUCCUGCAAAGGUCCUUGCCAUGUUGGCAUACAGAGAGCACGGAUAUUAUAUAGAGGACGAAAAGUCUGGAUCAAAGACCUGCGCCCUAACAAAUUGCUACACAAAGAGAUUGUUUCAGUCUACUGCAAGGACAAGGCCAGGAACUGUGGUUACGCCGUGCAAACCCAGUGCUUCGAUGGGGAACUCCAAAUCCCUGAAUGUUUUGAGCAGCCCAGCCGUGCUGAUUAUGACCAUCAUUUAAGUUCACUUCCAUCAGAAAUCACACAAUGCUGAAAUGGCAGCAGACAUCUUCUCUGAUGUUAAACUGCUGCAAUAUGGGCAAUAAGUGUUUUGUGUGUUAUGGUUAUCCUUCUGCUUUUCUUCUCAAACUUUAAAAAAAAUCCACCAAUAGAUAUCUUGGAACCAAAUUCUGAGACACAGAUUGAAAACAUCUAAGUCUUAAGUAUAAAGUGUUCUAUUCUUCAGAUUUGUAGACAAGCUUAAUAAAGAUGUGAAAAAUGAA